AAUGCGUUUAAAAUAUCCCUGGUAGAGCAUAGGUAUAAUAUAAAAUUAGAUUUAAAAAAAUUUUCUAUAUCUAGAAGUAUUUGAAGAAAUAAUGUAUAUUUUAUGCAAGAGAUAACAAGUGAUGAACAGAAUAAUGAAAAAUUUGUAUAUAACAAUAGAAAAUGAGGAAAUAAAACAAACAUACAAUGAAGGAGUAGUUCAUUAUAUAGAGGAUUCAAUAAAUAAUAUUUAAUAUAUAAAGGAAAAAAAUAUAUCGCUUAGAAAAAAAAAAUUUUCAAGCAACUUGAUUACAUAGAUUUUACCAGAAAAAGAGUGUUAUUUUGUAAUAUAAAAUACGAAAAAUUAAUAACUAUAAUGUUUGCACAUAAAAUGUUUUUACCUACCGUGGUACUCUCAUGGGUGUUACUAGUAUCAUUAGGAGCUAUUAUUGAACGUUUUUUUGAUGAAAAGAGUGUUGUAACAGAUGUAAAAUAUUAUGAUGUUACAUUAUUUCUUGUAUUAUUGGUUAUACUAAUUGUUAUAUUGAUUAAUAUAAAAUUUAAAAAGCAUAAAAGUAUUAUGAAAAGGAAAUGUUAG